GCAGGCGAUCUACAUUAUGGAUUUGUUUUUCUCUAAAUAAAAACUGAUAAACGUAACCUCUGCACUGAAAAUCCAAUAAUUUGGUUUUCGUCAUGUCCUACUCAGCAAUUAGUGGUAGCUGUCAGUAAGAAUACUUCACCCCCAAUAUCCCUGGGCCACCGCGAGUUUUGUCUGUGGUCUUCAAUAACGAUUAAUAACAUCAAUUCGCCUUGCUUCGUCGUGGACCGAGACUGUCGGACUGAGUGCUGCAGUGCUAAUCUAGUCGAGAAUCAAUUCCAGGGACGAUCCUCGGUUAGAAGCGGUGUGUGUGAACCCGUUCGGGGCACGUGGCGUGACAAGACUACAGUUUCCAUUGAAAUUCUGCUGCUUUACAGUUAAAAUUGCGCCUGGACCAGUUGGAAAUUGCUGUUUAAAUCUCAAACCCAUUGAAACUCAAGCAUGUCAAGAUGCAGCUUGACCAGAGGUUGAAAACCAACUGUAAGCCGUGACUCCAUAUUUGGGCUUCAGCAAAUAUUCAAUACGACUUUUGGACCUGAAGGGAACUGGCCCCUGAUCUCAACCCGAGGCCGGUCAGUGAGUUACGGUGGCUGGGCGUGGGCAACUUUUAUACAGCGGGAAUCAAGCACACAGUCUUCAACCUUGAACCCACGCAGAAGAUCCGAUUCCCUCCCCAUCCAGCACCUUCCCACACAUGUAUCAACUCAACGAGCGUGGUGCUGACGGACACACCGCUUUUCACCCCGUGAGGCAUCCAGGAGCGAAUCUGCACCACCCCACAAUUACCGAUCAUCUAAUCCAGUGUGCGUCACACGAGGUAUAUUACUGUACCAAAGGCCGCUGCUGCUGCUAGUAACAAAAAAGUGUGCGUGACAUCAGUUCGUGUAUAUCUGUGAUGUGUGUCGUGUGCGGAGAUCAUUGACACUAACUGUGUGCAUCCAUAUUACAUAGGGUGUGAUAUAGUCUUGCUGGAAAUAGACUGGUUGGCUGUGUUCAGUUGUGAAGCUCCCAUGUGUUGUUGUACUUACAGUUGUCAAGUAGCCUAGUGCUAUCGCCUCCUGUUCGUGUACACCAGCAACCCAGCGCUUAUUGUGUACUUGCUGACGUUAGCGGUUCUGCCCAUCCUACCCUCAAACCCCUCAUCGGAUGUUUGUGUACAUUGAAUAUGUGUUCAUGCUGCACAUGGUCAAGUGCCGCUGAAUCCCACAUGUGCUUGUUGUGGCAGUGAUCAGCUGAUGUACUUGACUCGACAGGUGCAUACUCAGGCAUUUGGUGUUCUUGCCAGACACAUGUUCGGCAGGCUGAAACCUGCUGGAAACUCUGAUUGUGCUGAGAAAAAAAAAACCAGCCAGCCAGCAAGCCAUACAUGUCUGCAAAUGCACAUGUUUUAACUGUCGUCUUGAAAGUGAAGUAAAGUACCGAUACGGUAGUGCCCUCUCCACUCAAUUGCUGCUGUUUAAACUCCAGACUGUGUCUACCAGUUGACCAGCUAGACCCCCCUCGAUUUUAGCACACAUGCCCCCCUUGGCUAGUGUGACUUCCUAGGUAUUGUUCAGCUUCGCUCAGUUGUAGGACAUGGUGAAGAAAGCCAAACACUCUCAUAAGAUGGGUGCAGGCAACAGUACAAUUUGUGACAAGUUUCGUAAUAACAGCAAGACGGUCUCAACAAACAAGGAGCAUGCUGACCAAAACCGUCAACAGUCCAGAAUGGAAAGCCCGGAUAUAUCACAGGCAGAAAUAAGCAUCGGUCUCCGUCAUGGGCAGACUCCGGAGAUCUCUAAAUUGGAGCCCUCUCAUAGUGGACCUCCAUCAGUUAUAACCGAGGAGCAUGCUGGAAACAUUGACGUUAACUAUGACGAGCCCAUUCAGUUCCCUCUGGAUGUGUCUUGUGACGGUCAAAACAUGCCUGGUAGGGUGCCAGAGGGGACGGUAGAUUCAGGCAUGGGCUCAACCAUCAUGGAGUCCAGUGGACAGGUCCCCAACUCCAGGAUAGUGAUUGUCAGCGGGGAUGGUACCAGUGUGGAGGAGGAGGAGAUUGUCACUUUGCCAGUGGAGCCCAUCAAACAUCCACACCUCCUUCUGGUGGACCAGUUCGGUCGCCGGCGGUCGCACUCGUUCAAUGAGGGGAUCUUGCUGCAAAGGGACCGGACAGUGGAGAGCACCCUCAAUGGGUUAGACCGUAGUGCCUUUGAUGACGAUCUGCCCCCAGUGGAGAUGUCGCCCUCACUGCGUGAGGGGGGCCGACUAGGGGGCGCCGGUUAUCGCCCUAUGUCCCGGAGCAUGUGCGAGCGGAACGAUAAGUCCUCCAGUGGCAACCGGCCAGCUUCGGGGCAGCUGAACGUACCACUUCAGAGACGAGUCUUCCCCUCCCUGUCCUGCUCGCCCUAUGCAUCGCCAGUCGGCUCACCCAGGUUGCGCAGACCGCCCACGAAGGAAUCCUCCCACAUAUCAAUAUCAUCAGUACAGGAUUAUGUGCAAUUGAACCAGUACCUUCUCUCUGAUGAGAUUGGCAAAGGCUCCUAUGGAGUUGUCAAACUGGCUUACAAUGAGGAAGAUGAUGUACACUAUGCAAUGAAGAUUCUCUCCAAGAAGAAACUUGUACGGAAAGGCGGCUUUGCAAAGCGACCUCCACCCAGGGGAGGCAAACCAGGCCAGGGGCCCAAGACCCCACUGGACAGAGUCUACCAAGAGAUUGCCAUCUUGAAGAAGCUGGACCAUCCCAACAUCGUCAAGCUUGUGGAGGUGUUGAACGACCCAGCUGAAGACAAUUUGUACAUGGUUUUUGAACUUGUUGAGAAGGGAGCUGUAAUGGAAGUGCCUACCAACAACCCCUUGAGCGAAGAGCUAGCCUGGACUUACUUCAGGGACAUCAUCCUUGGCAUUGAAUACUUACAUUAUCAGAAAAUUGUUCAUCGUGAUAUCAAGCCAUCCAACCUGCUACUAGGCGAGGACAACCACUUAAAGAUUGCAGAUUUUGGCGUCAGUGACCGCUUUGAAGGCAUUGAUGCCCUGUUAUCUGACACAGUGGGUACGCCAGCAUUUAUGGCCCCAGAGACCUUACACGAAGACUCCAACAAGUAUGGUGGUAGAGCCUUAGACGUCUGGGCCAUUGGAAUCACUCUCUACUGCUUCAUCUUUGGUCAUGUGCCAUUCCAGGAUGACUUUAUUCUCGGCCUCCAUGCCAAGAUCAGGAAUUUACCAUUGCCUUUUCCGGAAGACAAACCAAUACCAGACAACUUGAAGGAUCUUAUAUUGAAGAUGCUAGAGAAGGAUCCAGACAAGAGGAUCAAAAUCCCUGAAAUAAAGUUGCAUCCAUGGGUGACCAGACUUGGCGAGGAACCCCUGCCCACAGAAGAGGAGAAUUGCACCCUGGUGGAAGUGUCGCAGGAUGAGGUAGACACCUGUGUCACGACACUGCCCAAACUCAGGACCCUGAUUCUAGUCAAGAACAUGUUGAAGACCAAGUCUUUCGGCAAUCCGUACAAGAAGAAAUCCCGGCAUAACAGUGCCAAGGGUGGGCGUGUCCUGCUGGAACCCAUAUCACCCAAUCAGCAACCAAACAGGUUGUCGUCUGCUUUGCCAUGACUAGACAUGGACGUCAUACUUCCUGAUACCCCUUAUUUAUGCAUGAUUGUUGGCUCCUCGUGGAUGGCAACUGAAUUCACGUUGACAGAGUGCUCUGUGAUAGAUUCUCUUGUGCAAUCCCAGGGGAAUUAAGAUGUUGAGCAUUACCAUGGCAACUGCACACCAGGCCUCACCACUGUAGCUAUUACAACUGGGCCGUGACGCGCUCGCCAUAAAAACGUGCAUAUCUGACCAGACAUAAUUUCAUAGAGUUGCUGGACACUUAAGCUCUUACAUUUGAUACAGUGUUGACUAUGCCGCACAUUAUUAUACAGCAAUACAGAAUCUUGUGAGGGUGUAGUAAAGCAGAAAUGCAAAGCGACGAUUCUUGCUUGAAAUGCUUAUUUCUGAAGCCGUGCCGUAAAAUGGAACAGUGAAAGGUCUCACCUUGGUGUAACUCUGGACGCGUCAGCUGGUGAUGUAUAUCGGGAGUGUGACCAGGCAAAGUUGCUGAAUUCAGCCAGAGGGAGUUGGACCAAACAAAAGGACGGCACAAGAAAAAUUGCCUCUCUGCAUCGUGAUAGGUGUAAUUAAUAUUUAUGUAUGGUGUUCCAUCAUGGGGCUUGACACCCCCCACUAAAAUCAUCAAGUGCCUGUUUGUUUUGAUGGGAAGUGAAUCAAAUGUGUUUUACUCAAAUUGCCUAUUUUUGUAUUGAAAAGAAAGGAACAAAAUGUGUCAGAACAGAGUGAGAGGUCAAAUGUAACAUUCCUUUUAUUCCAUAAAAUGAUCGUCAUUAAGCAAAGAACAAAGCUUGUACAUGUAGUAUACCAAACGAGAUACUUGCAUUCUCAUCGCAAUCAUAUCAACACCUGAUGUGGUUAGAAUUGUUCAGUUUUAUUUUCCAUUCAGCAUUUGUACAGUGGGUCAUUCUAUAAAUUCAGGAUUUAAAAGUGUGACA